AUGGUUUCUGCAAGCGACAUUGCUCUCUUCAAGGACAAUGGCUAUCUCAUUGUCCGCGAUUUUCUCACUCCUCAGGAAAUCACCAACCUGAAAUCAUGGGCUCAAGAGGUUCACGACUACAAGCCCACCGAGACCUCUGAGUUUAUGCCCUACGAGGAGAUCAACGCCCAAGGCGAGCGCGUGCUCUGCCGCACCGAAAACUUCGCCGACGGCCACGCCGGCUUCGACGGGCUCCUCCGCGGGGCCGAGCUGCUCGGCCUGCUGGAGGCGCUGUCGGGCGAACCGAUGCACCUCUUCAAGGAGAAAAUCAACUACAAGCUGGCGGGCAGCGGCGGCUUCGCGCCGCACAUUGACGCGGUCGCCUACACGCACAUCCGCGACGUCAAGCACCUGACCGUGCUGCUGAGCGUCGACCCGUCCAACACGGCGAAUGGUGGUCUCGAGGUGGUCGAUGGGAGCCACGCGGUGGACGUGCCGAUCAACCCCAAGACCAACUGCAUCGAGGAUGCGUGGGUGGCCGCGCAGAGGUGGACGCCGGUCGAGCUAGAAUCUGGCCAACUGCUCAUCUUUACGUCCUACCUUGCUCACAGGAGCGCGGCAAAUCACAGCAGCACGGAUCGCAAGGCCGUGUAUGCCACUUACAACCUCGCUUCCGAGGGCGACAACCACAAGAGCUACUACGAGCACCGCAAGGUCGCCUGGCCGGCCGCCCACAUGCGCAAAGAGGGGGAAAGCUACGAACAGGGAUCAUUCACCUAUGGUUUUGGCUCUCCAAUGCUGAGCGUGGAGACUGGGAAGCAGGUCAUCUUCAGCUAG